CAUAAUUUUUAGAGGCCACCCAAAAGGCGAUGAAGGAGAAGUCAGAAGAGCCAGAAGUGGUGGAGCCGGAGCCUGAACCAACAACGGAAGUUCUUUUCCUUUGUAGUUAUGAUGGCUGUGGAAAGACAUUUAUUGAUGCUGGGUCUUUGAGGAAGCAUUCUCACAUCCACGGGGAGAAAUCAUAUAUUUGCCAUUAUGACAACUGUGGAAAGCAUAACAAUGUGGUCGCAUAGCAAGAUUCUCCAUUAGAUGAUUAAAUUUUUGGAUAGUUCAAAACUGAAAAGACAUUUUUUAAUUCAUACUGGAGCAAGAGAUUUCGUAUGCCCACACGAUGGGUGUGGUAAGGCAUUCUCCUUGGAUUUCAAUCUGAGAUCACACAUGAAAACUCAUUCACAAGAGAAUUAUCAUCGUUGCCCAUAUCCUGAAUGUGGAAAACGAUUUGCUCAUGGGUACAAGCUAAAGAAACACAUUGCAUCUCUGCACGAAAAGAACGGGGCAGAUGAAGCCAAGUAUAUUCAGCCUGCAGAAAAGCCAGUGAAAAAUCCAAAAUCUUAUGCCGGAGCUUCUGGCGCCUCAUCAGCUGACCGUCCAUACACCUGUCCAUAUGAAGGUUGUGAAAAGGCGUACAUCCAUGAAUACAAGCUGAAUCUUCACCUAAGAAGAGAGCACCCUGGCCAUUUCCCAGACGAGAUGGAUGAAGCUAGUGAUCAAGAUGCGCAUGCUGGAAAACGUGGUGGCAAUGGCAAAAUUCAGAAAAAAAGCAGGCCAAAGCCAACUCUGAAGAUGCCCCCUUCGAAAGUUUCUAGGGGGAAAAGUUCAAGUGCUUCUCUGGCCAACUUGAACGCUGUGAAAAGAUCUUGGCCAGUUAAAGAGGAAUUAUAUGAGGAAGAUAGCGAAGAGACAGAAGAGGAACGUGAAAAUGUUGGAGGAGGGUUGAGAUACAGAGAAAAUAAUGUGGACGACGAUGAAGAGACAGAAUACGAGGAUUAGGCUGUGAAUAUUUUAUGUCAUCCAUCUUAAAUCAAACGGCUCUUUUUUCCCCCUUUUGUACAGAUAUCUAUCUGUUUAGAAGAAUAAAACUGUUGAAUAAUCUUUCUCGACCAAAAAAGGAAAAGAACAUUUCCAUAUUUGAAUAUUCAUUUUGCUUCUAGUUUACCUACUUGGAAAGGAGUAGAAUUACUUUACAUUGUAUAUUGGUUAUAAGGUAAUACAAUGAUGCAGCUAAACUUGACCUA